AUGCCAAGUGGUGGGGAUAAUGCUUUGUUGGUUCUGGUAGUUGGACAGUUCUUAAUGGGGAUUCUGGGGAAUGGAUUCAUGGUGCUGGUGAAUGGCAUUGAUUGGAUCAAGAGCAAGAAAUUGGCAACAGGGGAUAUCAUCUUGGUAAGCUUGGCCAUCUCUAGAAUUGGUAUGUUAAGCACAUUAACAUGUGCUAGCUUUCAAUUAGUGUUUAGUCCAGAUGAAUUACUAAGCGAUAAAAUGAAUGUCAGUGAAGGUUUCUGGACACUGACCUACCUUACAAGUAUUUGGUUUGCCACUUGCCUUAGUGUCUUCUACUUCCUGAAGAUUGCCAACUUUUCCCACUCCCUCUUUCUCUGGCUGAAGUGGAGAAUAAAUCAGCUUGUUGUUGGGUUAAUGGUGGGACCUUUGCUCUUUAGCAUGUUCGUCAAUUUUCCAGUGUUGGAGAGAGCUUAUUACAAUGCACUUCUUAGAAGAAACAAGACAAAAGCAUACCGAGACUUCCAGGUUAAUGGGAAUCAAUAUAUCAUCGUGCAAGUUAUUACCAAUACCUCAAGUCUCCUUCCCUUUUUUCUGUCUCUGGUGUCAUUCUUCCUCAUUGUCCUCUCUCUCUGGAGACAUAUGCAUCAGAUGAAGCACAGUGGCACAGGAUCUAGGGACCCCAGCAUGGAGGCCCAUGUUCGAGCCAUAAAAGCCAUCCUCUCUUUCCUCAUCUUUGUUGUACUCUUCUAUUUGGGCUCAUUCAUCACCCUAUGGCAAUUCUCAAUUCCAGGCAAAGACUUAAAUAUAAGGUAUGGAAUCCAAUUGAUGUGUCUCUGUCCCUCAGGUCACUCAUUAAUCCUGAUUCUGUACAACAUCAAGCUGAAACAGGCAGCUUUGAAGGUGUGGUGGCAGGUGAGAGACUGCCGGAAAAGAAGCAAAUGA